AUGGACAAGAGUGUUGAGUCAAAGGACCAGGAUCGUAAUCCUAAAAAGAGUCCAUUUGAGGAACUUAGUCGAGAAGAUCUCAUUACAAAAUGUAAAGGCCUUCUUGUGAUAGCACAGAAAGCUAAACAAUCAAAAUCAGAACUGCAAAAUGAAGUGGAACAAUACAAAAAUCAACUUCUGUCAUGUGAAAAAGAAAUAAAAUCAAAGGAGGACAGUAUAAAAACACUGCAAGAAUUGGUUGAUUCUUUAACUGAACAAAAAUUAACAUUCAUUACCGAAAUAGACACGGCACAGAGUAAAAUCAGAACUUUGAAUAAUAAAUGUAACAUAUAUGAAGAUGAAUUGAAUAAACUUAAAACUGAAAUUAAUGUGAAGGAUCAAAAUCUUACAUCAGCAUCUCAACAGUUGUCAGACUUUGAUAGUAAAAUAAUAUCAUUAAAGCGGCAAAACACCAGACUUCUUGAAGAAAAUGAACAACUCAUCAACCAACUUACAGAACUGGAAGCAAGAACUGAAGAGUUCAACAAAAUUGGCCUUCAACAACAAGAACAAUUAAAAAUGUUAGAAGAAAGGGUUAAAAAUGAUGAAAUACGUCAAAACGAAAUUAUUGAAUCCAGUUUUAGUAAGAAAGAAGUUAUAUCUGAAGAAACAACUGCAGGUAAUGAAACCAUAAAGGAAUAUGAGGUUAAAAUUGAGGAACUUAAGACAUUAUAUGAACAAGAGAAGUCUAAAAAGGAGAAGUGCAAUAUAAAAUUGAGAAGUUACAAAGAUAAGAUACUUAAAUGUGCAACUUGCAUACACCAACUUAAGAAUUCAAGGUUCAUAUUGGCAAAAACUGUUAAGGAAUAUUCAGAGAGUAUACCGAAAUGGCAGAAUGAGAUCAUUAAAGCAUCAAACGCUCUUGAUGCACAAAUUAAAGUGUUACAUGACGAGAACAUAUCACUUAAAGAAAAACUUAAUGAAAAAGAAAAUACUGUAUCAUCAAUGUCUCACCAAACAAACAGUCUUAAUGAUGAAAUAUUAAAACUAAAUGGUGAAGUUAAUGAAUUGAAAUCUCAGCUUACUGAAUUACAGACAUCACUUACUGAGUCUGAGAUGACAAAUAAUAACUUGGUAGAAGAAAACAAUGAUUUAAAACUCAAAGAAGUUGAAUUUAAUAAUCAAUUGGAAGAAAAUAGACUGUGCAAAGAAAAAAUUAAUGAUUUGUCUAAUCAACUAUACGAGGUUACAGCUAAAUGUACCGAACUUGAUAAAAUAAAUAAAGAGUUGAAAGAAAAUCGAUCUAGACAACAAGAUAACCAUGAUGACAAAGAAGUUCUUGAACAGUUUAAAUUACAAAUAAGAGCCUUGGAAUCAGAGAAAGCCACUUUAGUUAAAGAAAAAUUAAAUGUUAAGGAUAAUUUAGCAGAGCUUGAAAAUGCAAAUAAGAAUUUGAGUGAUACCGUUAAUCAAAUGAAUUCACAACUACUGGAGCUUAGAAGCCAAUUAGAAAAUGUGACAUCAGAAUACGAGAGAACCAAGAAAGAAUUCUCUAUUAACAAAGAACAGUUAGAGAAACAAAUAAUGACGGAAAAGAGUUCAAUUAAAGAACAAUACGAUAAAUUAAAGAGAGAAUACGAUAAUUUACAAGAUCUUAAUGGCUUACUUCAAGAGGAAGUUGAGACCCUCAAACUGUCUUUGGAACAACCAAAGGAUGAUACCGACAAUUUGUCAGAUCUAAACGUAUCACUUCAAGCUGAUAUCGUAAAAUUGGAGACAAAACUCUCUGCAUACAAACAGGAGAAUUCAUCGCUGUUAUCAGAAGUAAAAGAAUCGAGAAAUAAAAUUAAAGAAUAUGAUAGAAUUGUAGCCGAAUGUGAGGAGAUGAAAACGAAACUGGUCGGAUACAAGUCGGAGAACGCCGAGCUGUUGAACGAAAUGAAAGAAAUAAAUCAAGUACUUAAAGAGCGAGGCGAAGCUAUAUCUAAACUACAGAAGGCUGUGACAGAGAUGGAGAAAUUAAUUGAGACAUUAGAAAAAGACAGAGAUAGUGUUAAACAAGAAAAUGAAGACUUACUCAAGAAGAUUGAUUUACUGGAAAAGGAUCUUAAGAGUGCACAAUGUGUACAGAUUGAUAGCACUGGAAAUGAUAAUGAAAAAGAAAAUUUAUUGAAAACCGUGGAAGAAAGAGAUGCAAUGAUUACAAGUUUGAAGGAAGAAAUAGAGAAAUUAAAACUUCAAAGUUCUUCAGUUGAUUUGCCCAAUGAAGAUAUGUCCACGUCAACUAUAUCGAGAGCGGAAGAACACACAAGGAUGAGAGAUUUGGAUGAAUCAUUCGAAGAUAGAUACACAAAACUGAGAAUGUUCGCACUGAAACUCAAAAUGAAACUGAAUGAGACGACGAGUCAGUUGCAAAGUUCAGAGCAAGAAAAGGCCAACUUGAAAAAAAUGUUAGCUGACAAUAAUAUAAACAAACAGGCCGAAGAUGCUGUGGACGGGAAAGAAAACGGUGUGGCGGACUUAGAAUUACAAGUGAAGAAAUUAUCAAGAGAUUUAGAAAAUUCAGAAAAAGUUAACAAGAAAAUUACAGCUCUUGAAGCUGAGUUGGCCGCUAAGAGUCAACAGUUAGAGUCCGAAAUAGAACAUCAUAAGGCCACAAAGGAGCAGUUAGAAAAAGCUCUUAAAGAUGUCAAGAAGAAGAAAGUAUUAAGUCUUGAAAUGGAAGACUAUGAGAGGUCUUUGAAAGAACUCACAACUAAAAUGGAAGAAAAGAAAAAAAAGAUUGUACAGAUGGAGUCGACGAUCGAUAAUCAAGAGGGUACAAUAACGUCCAUGCAAACACAAAUAAAACUUUUACAAGAGCAAAUAAAAACUGAAGAAAAUCAAUGCAGGCUGUUGAAGGAAGAGUUACAACAAUCUGUAGCUGAGAGCAAAGAUAAAGAUCAGCUAUUGAGUACUAAUAAGGAUAUAAUAAGUAAAUUAAUGCAGGAUAUAGAGGAUGAAAAACGAAAGAACGAGGAGGCUGACAUGGAAAUGACGUCAGCACUGAGUGAGAAAGAGAAAGUUAUAAUACAUCUAUCAGAAGAAAAGAUAGAACUAGGUAGCAAGAUGAAGAAGUUGGAAUUCAAGUGUUCCGAUAUAGAAGAGAAAUUAAGAAUUACUAACAUAGAACUGGCUGAUCUCAAGACUGAAUAUGCGAGUUAUAAGGUGAGAGCUCAAGCUGUUCUAAGACAAAACCAGACCGUGGACCACAGUCAAGAGGAACAGUUCAAGGAAGAGGCCGCCGCUCUCAGAGCUCAGAUAGAAACGUUAAACCAAAAAAUGGCGACACUGCAAGAUCAGUUAAGUGUGGCGAGUGCAGAAGCAGAGGCUGGUCGCAAACGAGCGGCGGACAGCACCGCGGAACUGUCGCGCUCACAGCAGAGGAACGCUCGUCUGCACUCAGACCUUACACGACUCUCACAACAAUUAGACACGGAGCGAGCACAGCAUAAACUACAGAUUUCUACAUUAACACAAUGCUAUAAAACGCAAAUAAGUGAUAUCGAAUCAAAGCAUCAGAAAGAAACGGAUAACCUGAAGAAACAGCUGUCUGUUUUACAAGAGAAUGUUAAAUCAGGAAACUCUAACGAGCCGUCGCAAUCAGAUAAAUAUCUGUUACCCGUUAUAUCGAAAGAAGAGGGGAGUGAUAACGAAAUGGACAUCAACGUAUCACUCAUACCGAGAGAGGAGGGAGAGGGUUCGGAGUCAGCUCCGUCGCCCCCACUAUCCAAGUCUAUGUUAUCAAGCGGCAGACGUUCGCCGGUUCCUCUUGAAAGACUUCUAGAAGAAGGAGUUCCCGAUAAUGAUUCUCUGGAUACUUCUUCUCUUGCUCUCACUAUUGAGCAGGAAGUAGUUGAUUUAAGGAGGAAAGUCCAAGCUCAACAAGAAAGGGUGAAACACGUGACGGUGUUGCUGUCCGAAUCUGAGCGUGAGAGAGCUCGUCUGUCUCAGCUGAGUGAGCUUUUGAAGGGGGAACUGCGCCGAGCUAGACCCCCGGCCUCCGCCGCCCAUAACACGCAGUAUAUGAAGAAUGUUACACUGAAGUUCCUGACUUUGCCUCCGGGAGACGAACGAUGUCGCCUAGUUCCUGUGCUGCAGAAAAUACUAACUCUCUCUUCAGAUGAAACACAGAAAAUACAAGCAGUCGCUAAGGGACAAGAUCCGAAUCCCGGCAAAGGUUGGGGAAGCUACUUGCCAUGGCCUGGAGGAAAAUGA